AACAUGGCGCCUGACAUCGGCUUGGAGAAGACAGACGACAGCGAGAAAACCUUACUACUGGUAACGCCAGAAAAACACAAGAAGAGCAAAUGGCGACCUUUCAGCCAGCUGAUAAUAUUUGCCUUCAUCUACAUGAUCGGGUACUCCCCGUUGGCAGCUUUGUGGAACUUGGAAGGGAUUUUGUUUCCGGACGUCGGUCUGUACGCGCUCAUGUGUUAUUACGGCGGUUCUCUCUUCAUCUUCGUAGCGUCUCCGUUUAUUACGAGAGCUAUAGGCGCUAAGGGGUCUGUGCUGUUAGGAUGGUUUGGACAGGGCGUUUUCAUCGCCGCCCAUUUCUUUGAAGAAGCAUACGUUUUAAUGCCCGUAGCAGUUAUAGUAGGUAUAGCGCAUGCUCAGGCCAUCGUGACCACGGGGGUCUUCGUCACCGACCUGGCCUUGCAAUACUCGGCCAUCACCGGGCAGAACCAGCACGAUAUCCUGGGCCUCUUUAAUGGUAUCUACUGCAUGCUGUACUACCUCUGUGGCGUCUGGAGCAACCUGAUCUCAUCCCUGGUGCUGUACCAGUCCGAGACGACCGGGAACACCACCGUUGCCAAGGAGAACUUGAGCGAGCUCUGUGGAGCCGCAUUUUGCCCAUGGGAGGACGUGUCUGGAACUUACAUCACCCAGCCCGAGCAAAGCAUCGUCUAUAUUCUACUGGGUUCCUUUCUCGGUAUGAGCGCGUUCGCUUUCAUCGUCACUUUGGUGUUUUUAGAAAACGUGCACCCGACUUCGGGAGACAAUAUCCACAGCAUUAAGGAAUUCUUCUCCACCGUCGUCAGGUUAGUAUGGAAGAAAAGGAUGUUGCUGAUCUUGCCAGCCAUUGUAUUCUACAUCGUGGGGCAAGUUUUUAUUAGCACGGAGUACACAAAGGUAAGGGAUCCGUCUUCGUUCAGUACUUUUCAUAUUAUAUAGAAAAAUUAUUUGCGAAAAUUGGACUACGUAUUGCAUGAAGUUUAGCGUGGGUAGUUUCAUUGGAGGUUCCAGGAUUUCGGAUUGAGAGAGAGAAAGAGGGAGAGAGAGAUAAUCUGGCUUUAUGAAAGGCAUUAUAUUCGAUAUAACGUUAAUAGAUAUUAAUAUACAUUAAAAGGAUCGAGUUCCUACAUCUGCAGUAUGUAGAUAAUAGUAAAAUUGUGAUCGAGUUAAGAGUGUCAGCUGUAA